GGCAAAGGCGGCAAUCCUAUAAUAGUAGGCAAAGGAGGCAAAGGAGGCAAUAAUGGCAGUGGAAGAUUUGGGAUGGAUGACAAAGGCGGCAAUCCUCUUGGUAUGGGCAAAGGAGGCAAUGAUGAAGGUUGUGGAAGAGUUGGGAUGGAUGGCAAAGGUGGCAAUAAUGAAGGCUGUGGAAGAGUUGGGAUGGAUGGCAAAGGUGGCAACCUUGUUAUUGUAGGCACUAUGGGCAGUGAAGGCAAAGUUGAUAAUUGCUGAAGACGACGAGCUGCUAGGCUGAUAUUGAUGCUUGAAAAUGACAAAGCCAUUAGGAAAGCAAUGAUGAGGCAAUUCAAAGAAGCCAUUAUGUUUAUUCGAAUCAAGAAAUUCUCUUAUG